AUGGAAGGCGGCGGGGCCCACCAGUCGGACAGGAACCGCUCCAGGACCGUCUUUGCGCUCAUCGUCAUCAACAAGGCUGGAGGCUUGAUCUACAACCGCACCUUCCACGACGGCGGCCUCAAUCAGCUGAGCACAAACGACUACCUCGUGCUAGCAGGGACUUUUCAUGGUGUCCAUGCCAUUACCGCGAGGCUUCACCCCCUGAAGAACCAGCAAGCUGCCGCAGCAGCAGCAACAGCAGCGGCGGGGGGCGUUCCGAGCCGUCCGGAACCGCCGUCAGGGUUGGAGGUCAUGGAGACGGAGAAUUUCCGACUGCAAUGCUUCAAUACCAUGACAGGCACCAAAUUCCUGCUUUUCACCGACACCACUCAGACCAACAUCGAUGUCAUCCUGCGCAGGAUAUACGAUCUCUACAGUGAUUACGUUAUGAAGAAUCCCUUCUACCAGCUCGAGAUGCCUAUCCGGUGCGAGAUGUUUGAGCGGAAACUCUUGUCAUACAUCAGGGAGAUCAACAAUCGAUAA